AUGGGUGUACCGGGGAUCCGCAAGUCGACAGCAAAAGGGAUGCCGGCCGUGUGCAUAUAUAUAGAUACGUUCUAUAUAUCUCCAGAACAGCUGAAUCCAACAAGCAAGCGAAUCGACAGGGCGGGCAAUCCAGACAGAGAUCCUUCACAAGCAGAGCAAAGAACUGGCGAUGGAAGCAUAGGUGUCGAUGUAAUCGCUGGGACUGGGCCAGACUGGGAGAUUCAACAACAUUGUACCAGCAUCGGCAGCCCAGGCAGCGGGUUUACAGUCCGGAUACCGUCCGUGUUAGUGGCAACAGUGUAUGAAAGUACUGUCACCGUCCGUGGCAAAGUUGCAAUCGAUCUCAACCAGCUUUUUCAUUCUACGUGUACUGUUUUUGCCCGAAGACCCGGUGCCACAGGGGAAUAG